AAACAAAUAACAAACGUUAUUUGUUAAAACUCAUAUAUUUUUUACAUUAUAUUAGGGUAUUAAUGGUAAACCAUUUAUUCCUAUUAUUGGUCAUUUGUUAUCAGUACACGAAUUUCGAAAAAAAACUGGAGAAAAUUUUAAUAUUAUAGAUUUUUUUUUAGAGCAGGUAUAAACAAAACGAUUUAUUUAUUAAAUUUUGUUUAUUAUUUUGUUUUGUUAAUUUGGUAUAAAGAAUUUGGUGAUCAAUAUGUUGGUUUAUGGGGUCCUGUUGUUCGAUUAAUUUUAUUUAAUCCAAAUUAUAUUCAAGAUGUAUUAAAAACAAAAUAUAUGUAUUAUAGUAAAACAAGUUUACUUACAGGUUUGCUUUCACCUAUUAUUGGUACAGAAAAUUUAUUAUUAAGUAAUGUAUCAACACAUUCAAGAGCAAGAAAAAUGAUUAAUCCAGCUUUUCAUUCUUCAAAUUUAAUUUCAAUGAUUGAUAUUAUGACAGAAGAAACAAGUAAAUUAUUAAAUGAAUGGAUAGAAAAGAUAAAUAAUAGUAAUAAUAAAAUUAUAUUAGAAAUGAAUCGUGAAUUUUCCGGUUUAACAUUAGAUAUAAUAAGUAAUUGUGCAUUUGGUACAGGUAUUAUUAAUGAAUAUGAAGCAAAAGAAGUUAUAUAUGAUACAUUUUCAGUUAUAAUAGAUAUGUUUAUUAAUCGUCUUAUGAAUUUAGUUGGUGUAUUACCUAUUAUAAAAUAUUUACCAUUAAGAUCGAAACAGAUAAUGGCGUAA